AUUCUCGCUUAGGGUGCGAGAGGUCCCGAGUUCAAUUCUCGGAAUGCCCCAAUCUUUUAUUUUUUUAGUCGAACUUCUCUGCCUAAAUCCGUUUUGCUUACGCAUCAAACUUUUGCAGAUGCAAGAAUUAACAACUACCGAUCAUGUGCUUUCUCCGAGUUAUCACCUUACUUUCUCUCAGGCAUAUCAUCGAACAGCUUACGGGCAUCCACUAGAAAACCAGCAUUGUACCAAAGAAGAGUUUUUUUCUUGGUGAUCCUCUGGAGAAGAUGAGUUCUUAUGAGAUUAGAUAUAUAAAUCUCAUCUGGGUACAAGCUAUCUUUGAAGUUCAUAUGUUAGAAACCAACGAAAAAUUGACAUUUUUUUGUCUGUUGGGUUAACUUUGUCUCUUGUUGUUUAAGUCAACAUCAAGAAGGCAUUUUUUAUGUGGUGAGUCAUCGUCAUCAUCAUCAUCUCCUUCACAUCGUAAUUAGUCAUAUGCUCUCUCCCUCAAGACAUAAUCUUGAAGAUCAGCUCUUCUCUUCAGGUGAUUGAUCUUUGUGCACUCAGUAGCUGUUCUAGGUUUUGGAGAGAGCUAUGUGGUUCUGAUAUCUUGUGGGAACCUCUGUUUAGGCAAAGAUGGCCCUUGUUAUCCUCAUUUGAUGGAGACAAUACUCAGUUUCCUCAAACCCAAACCAAUGAAAAUUCUCAGGAAUGGAGAAGAUUUUACGUGAUGCAGCACAAGGAAAUGGCAUCUAGAGCUUAUGAGGUGAUUACAUAUGUGACUAAUAGUCCUGCUACGUUGUCUCUAGAGGCCGGUAAAUAUCUGCAGGCGGUUGAAACCAUGAGCUCGAUGCAAUUAGGAUUUCAAGAUGUGGAGUUAUUUCUCUUCAAACCAAACUUGAGUGUGCUGCUCAACCUCAUUGGACUCAUCUACUGCAUACAACACUUGAAACCGUUGCGAGAUCAAAUCUUGGAUGCGCUACAGCGAUGUGGAAUCUCAGAGCAGCUAGUUUGGGUGAAAUGGUUGACGUUAGGUCGAUGGUCAGGUGGGAGAAGAAUGAGAGACGAAAUCGUGUCGCGUCAGGUCUCUCUAGUCGAUGUUGUAACAGGUAAAGAAGAGACGGUUCUACGAGUGCUUCAACGAGGAGUUGUUCAUGAAGUUCUACGCGUUUGUAUCUCGACCGUUGAUCUUGCGUGUACGCCUUGCAGCAGUAGCACCAUCAGAAACUACUAAACCGUUUUAAGGAGGAUUACAAGUUUGUUACAAGUUGAAUUGGGUUUAGUUAAUGUGAUAAACACAUGUAAUUAUGAUUGAAACUAUUUUCAUGUAAAUAAUAAUAAAGGGCAUUUUUUUAUGGAAUCCAUAAAAACUGAUCUUCUCUAAA